AUGGAGCUUGAACUGGCUGAAUUCAACCCUCGGGAACGUGUGAAGCAGCAGAUUUCAGUCCCAUUUCUCUGGGAGAUGAAACCUGGUGCGCCCAAAAGGGACUGGGUCAUUGCCAAGCCAGUGCCAGCAGUGAGUCCAUGCCCAUCCCCGCCCCCGACCAAGCUUAUUGUGAGCGUGCCAUUCCAGUGGGAAGAAAAGCCUGGGAAGCCUAUACAAGAAGCAUCUCACUUUCAUGUGCUCCCUGACCAUGGUGUCUUUUCAGCAUCUUCCCAGUCACUGAACCCUUUUGUGGUCGAGAGCGAGGAGGAAUACUCGCUUGGUUUUGAUCUGGAAGCAUUUGGUUUUCCAGACAACAACGACACUUCUGGGGCAGCAGCAGCAGCUUGGGCAGAUGGCUCCUCCGGCCGUCGUGACGCUUGGUUCUCGUUUUCAGAGUCGGAAGAUUACAGCCACUCCAGUGGUGAUACUUCAGCCCAGGAACAGGAGUUUCAGUUUCCCCGGGCACCUUCAGAGAAGAGCUGGGAGGUGGCCAACGACGAGGAUCAGCUGACCAAUCCUUGGAGCCCUCCGAGGAGCGCGGUGACGACCCUGGAGGAGCUUAUGGUGCUCAGCCGGAGACUCAGGUGCGGACAAGGGCUGCCAGUUGAUGUCGGCAAGAAGAGCCUCUCAGUGGAGCUCAUCAAGAAGUUUUUAAUCGUGUGUUCUUAG